UUUAGAAGGGUGCACCAAAAAUUUCCCACACCCUCUAAGCUUGGGGUUGAACCCAAAACUCAUACCCGAACCCACUCUUUCUCUCUCUAGAUUGUAGUCGAAUCCAAUUUUUCAGACAAUCUUCUCUCUAGAACGGAUCACUGAUCCAGAGAGAGCUCCAUCUAUGGGGACUCGCGAUCGUCUUCUGCUGAUCAUCAAAGCCAGCUUUGGUGACUCGGGUAGGGCUUAGGUCACUGUUCGUGUGUAGAAAUCGGUUUUUUUCGACUUGGGUGUGUUUGAUUUGAAGCGGGUGGUGAGAUGAAGUUACAAUCUUGAUGACCUUGACCUAGGUUUAUCUAUUUUUGUGUAAAGGGUAGGGUUUUUUAUUUGGCUGUGUUGAAUUUGUGAUGGCUGAUGAAGCAAAGUUACAAUUUUGAUUAUCUGCUGAGCUUAGGUCACCAUUUUGCGCAAAAAUCGGGGUUUUUGUGAGGGGCUAAUCAAUUUGUGAUGGGUGAUGAAACAUCGGACCACACAAUGAAUCUUGAUUUGAAUCUAGGUCCAGGUCCUGAGCCCGGAUCCGGAUCGAAUGACCCGGUGAGCCUGAAUGAUUGGGUUCAAGAACCUGUUCAUAGAAUUAGGGAAUCGUUGAGGCUUAGGACGCGGCAGCGUUGGAGGUGGCGACAGGUUCAGAUUCCUCUUGAAGCUAGAAACAUUUCUAUGGAAUUGAUGGCCAAUACCGGCAAUGGGAGCAGACCACAGGAGGGUGAGGGAAGUGUUGCGGCUGAGGAAAGAGACAAUGAAGUGCCCAAAAUGUGUGAAAAUAAGACUACACAUGUGGAGGAUGAGGGGUUGGGUGGAAAGGAUGAUAUUGAAAAGGGUAGCAGUGGUGAAGGGAGUUUUUUCGAUUGUAAUAUUUGUUUGGACUUGGCUAGGGACCCUGUUGUGACUUGUUGCGGUCAUUUGUUUUGUUGGCCAUGCCUUUACCGAUGGUUACAUGUGCAUUCGGAUGCUAAGGAAUGUCCAGUAUGUAAGGGAGAGGUGACUGUUAAGAAUGUGACCCCAAUUUAUGGCCGUGGGAACAACAUCCAUGAGCCUGAGGAGGAUUCGAGUCUCAAGGUUCCUCUUAGGCCACAUGCAAGGAGGAUUGAGAGCUUUAGGCAAACGAUUCAAAGGAAUGUUGGAUUUCCAGUUGAAGAAAUGAUUCGGCGUCUUGGAAGCAGAAUUGAUUUAACCCGGGAUUUAGUUCAGAAUCAGGAUCAGGAUGGGGCCCGUGAUACACUUGAGAGAAGUAAUUCUUUGAUUAAUCGGCUCCUCACUUCUCGGGGAAUUCGCAGGGAGCAGAAUGUAACUGUGCCCACUGAUGAUGUGGUGGAUUUAACACAGAGCGGCACAAAUAACUCUGAGGCUGUGGAAAGCCGCAGGAUUCCAUCAUUGUUUCCGCGAAGAUCACAAGCUCAUAGAUCUAGUACUCUUUCUUCAUUUUCGUCCGCAUUUGAGGCAUACCUCCGUAGCCAACCUAUAGGAAGGCAAGAGCAGCCUCCACCAGUUGAUGAUAGAGAUUCUUUCUCAAGCAUUGCUGCUGUUAUACACUCAGAGAGUCAAACAGUGGAUACUGCUGUUGAAAUAGACUCUAUGGUGUCUCUUUCUACUUCAUCUUCCAGAAGACGAAAUGAUGCUUCAAGAGUUUCAGAUGUGGACAGCGGAGAUUCACGUGCACCUAGAAGGAGAAGAUUGAACUAGCAGAUUUUCCUUUUCCCAAUUAUUCUCAUAUUCCGGAAUAGCUGGACAAUUUGAUAAUCCAACAACUAUGUAAGUGACAAUAACCUUUAUAUUGCCUUCAUCUUACAAGUUACUCGACUAUUGCCACAACCAUUGGCUCCCUUGAGAUAUUUAUAAAACCUUCUAAAUCUUUUCUGCUUGCAUAUGGUUUGCAACAUUGUCCUCCUUGAAGGGGUUCAUGCUUUCAAUUUGUAUCGCAAAUCAAAUUUGUAAUGGAACAAGUUGGCCAGCUUACUAGUCACCGCUGUACAUAAUCUUGCAAGUUUCUUA